AUGUCUCCCAUUCGUGUCGGUCUUAUCGGUCUUUCCACUGGCUCCAAGAGCACCAGCUGGGCCAGCACAGCUCAUCUGCCAUACCUCCUCUCCGAACAGGGCAAGGCUCACUACGAGAUCAAGGCCUUGUGCAACUCGUCUGUUGACAGCGCAAAGAAGUCUAUUGAACACUACAAGCUUCCUGGAGACGUCAAGGCCUAUGGCUCUCCCGACGACCUGGCCAACGACAAGGACAUCGAUCUGGUUGUCUGCGUUGUUGGUGUCGAGGGACACUACAAGCUGUUGAAGCCUGCUGUCGAGGCUGGCAAGAACUGCUACACUGAGUUGCCUCUGGCAUCCAACAUAGACCAGAUCAGAGAAUUGGUCUCUUUGGCUGACAAGAAGGGCAUCAAGACCAUGUUCGGAUCUCAGGGCCAGGCUGCUCCUGUUGUCAAGGUCCUGCAANAGGUCAUUGCCGAUGGCAAGAUUGGCAAGGUCUUGAGCACUCAGCUCAGUGGUUGCACCAACAUUGCUGGAGGUGCGAAGAUCCCCGCCGGUUUCAAGUAUAUCAUCGAGAGAAAGGCUGGUGGUAACCAUGCCACUAUUUUCUUCCUCCAUAGUAAGUUCAAGUUGAGAUAA